AGGAGAAGAAGAAGAAGAAGAAGAAGCAGAGAAGACGACGACGACUUAAAAAGACAAAGAAGAAGAAAACGACGACGAACCCAGUGGCAGCGGCAGCGAAAAAACAGGAGAGGAGAGAAAACCCGGGAAAGCAUCAGCACAUCUGUUAGAGAAGAAAACUGAACCAGAAGAUGUUGAGGAGGAAACCGACUCGUCUGGAGCUGAAGAUCGACGACACAGAGGAGUUCGAGAGCAUCAAGAAGGAGCUCGAGGCUAGGAAGCGUCAGCCGGAGGAGGCGGAGUCAGGAGGAGGAGUGGGCGGGGCUUCGGUCAUCAGUGUUGAUAUCAUCGUGGGUGGAGCCUCAGCAUCUCCCUCCACGGCGUCGAGGACGGAGCUCAUCAACGAGCGAAUCGGCUACAAGCCCCACCCCAAACCGGCCACGCUGCCGACGUUAUUUGGAAGUUUACAGUUUUAAUAAAAAAUAAUGUGUAAACAGAAAAACUGGUUGGUUUGUUUGUUUUUGUUUCUGUUCAGGUCAGAAACAGUCAGAGCUCUGUUUGGCGGAAGCUUCACAAAAUAUAUAAAAAGAAAUCUUCAGUUUAGAAAUAAAAACCUGCAAGAGAGUGGAUCAAAACCAAAACAAUGAUUUCUUAAUAUUUCAUGUCACUUUUCUGUGAUGUGUACAUUUUUUUUGUACAAAUAUUUUUGCUCUUUAUUCAUUUUUAAAUUGUCAGAUAAAGAAAAUAAACUGUUUUAACAGAAAUUGUGACAAGUGUUUUCUGUUUGAGUUCAGUAUGUUUAUGAAUGAGCAGUUAAAUACUUUAAACAAAAAUGUAUUGUGCAGAAAUUAAAAGGUCAAUGAAAACCAAUGUUCAAGAUGUAAUUUAAAUUACUUUUGAAUACUUUUAACUUGUCAAAUUAAAGCUAGCUGGACAGCAAAGUUUUUCACACCAAAAUAUUUCUAAUUUUUUUAAAAUUCAUUCAUUAUAAAACAUUUUUUCCUAAGUUUGCAACAAUGAUAAAAGCUUUAAUUGGAAAGAGUAGGAAAAAAAAAGUGUCAUUAAGGGUAAAAACACGCAAUUAAAUCCAGAAUAUAAAAUAUAAUUAA